CUGGCCCUGCUCCCCUAUAAAACCCCGGCUUCUCCUAUUCCUUUCCCUCCAACCAAAACCAUCGGAUCGCGCAUAACACACAGCAGCGAUCUGGACCAACCACAACCAACCAUGGCCCCUGCCACCGAGACGCAGCAGCAUCGGGCCACCUCCACCGGCCGGCGCAAGGUAGUAGACGAGGUGUCCGGCUGGCUCCGCGUGAUGGACGACGGCACGAUCGACCGCACCUGGACGGGGCCUCCCGAGGCCCUGCCGCUGAUGCAGCCCGUGGAGCCCUACGCCGAGCCCCGCGACGGGCACACGCUCCACGACCUCCCGGGGGAGCCCAAACUCCGCGUCUACAUCCCCGAGGCCACGGCCACGGCCAACGUCGGCCUCCCGGUCAUCGUGCAGCUCCACGGCGGCGGCUUCUGCAUCUCCCACCCGUCAUGGGUCCUGUACCACCACUUCUACUCCCGCCUCGCCCGCGCGCUCCCCGCCGUGGUCGUCACCGCAGAGCUCCCCUUAGCCCCCGAGCACCGCCUCCCGGCCCAGAUCCACACGGGCGUCGACGUGCUCCACCGCCUCCGCUCCAUCGCACUCUCCUCCGAUUCUAGCUGCACCCCAGCCGAGCUCCUGCUCCGGGAGGCCGCGGACAUGUCCCGCGUGUUCCUCGUCGGGGACAGCUCGGGCGGCAACCUCGUGCACCACGUGGCGGCCCGCGUGGGCGAGGACGGGCCCGACCACUGGGCUCCCCUCCGCGUGGUCGGGGGCAUCCCGAUCCACCCGGGCUUCGUGCGCGCGGCCAGGAGCAAAUCGGAGCUGGAGCCGAGGCCCGACUCGGUCUUCUUCACGCUGGACAUGCUCGACAAGUUCCUGGCCAUGGCGCUCCCCGAGGGCGCCACCAAGGACCACCCCUACACGUGCCCCAUGGGCGCCGACGCCCCGCCGCUGGAGUCCGUGCCGCUGCCGCCGAUGCUGGUGGCCGUGGGCGAGCACGACCUCAUCCGCGACACCAACCUCGAGUACUGCGACGCGCUGCGGGACGCGGGGAAAGAGGUUGAGGUGCUGCUGAGCAAAGGCAUGAGCCACUCCUUCUACCUCAACAAGUUCGCCGUCGAGAUGGACCCGGAAACCGGGGAGCGGACCCAGGAGCUCAUCGACGCCAUCAGCCGCUUCGUCGCCCGCCACUAAGCUUAAUACAUACGGAGUACGUCCCACGCGCGCUCGUACGUUACGAGCCGCGACGUGACCCGUUGCUAUCAUGUGUCCUGUGUGUGUCUGCCAUUUCGAUCGAUCGGCACUUGUGUGUGUGUGUGUGUGUGUGUGUGUGUGUGUGUUUCUCGUGUGUUUUACUACUUUGCAUAAUGGCUUUUGCAUUGAGCGUCUGGGCUUGAUCGCGCCUCCUGGCGCCUGUUAACUUUUGGUGCCCAUUCAUGCACAAUCGCCUUCGAUGUCAGGCGGGGAGCGUGCUGUAGCAUUCGUGAUCAGACAGCGGUGCUGUCUCAAAUCUGUGUAAUAAUUAACUCGGUGUAGCUCCUGGGAAUAUCUACAUCAAUUAUUUGAGAUACAUCCGUACGCUGAUUGCAAUGCAUAUCAA